UAUUUCUUUACUGAAAAGAAGAGACAAGAAAAGUUCACCUGCACUCAGUAUGGAAAGAGUUUCACAUGCAAACCGAGUCUCAAGAGACACAUGAGUAUCCACACUGGAGAGAAACCAUUUACAUGUAAUCAGUGUGAGAAGAGUUUCAGACAAUCAUCAACCCUUAAGAAACACAUGAACAUCCACACUGGAGAGAAACUGUAUGAAUGUGAUCAAUGUGGAAAAACAUUUUUGUGGGCUUUAAGCCUGAAUAAAUACCUGAAAGUUCAUUCAAAGGAGAAACCACAUUCAUGUUCUUUCUGUGGAAAGAGUUUUUCAGAACUGCAAAGUUUAAAAGUUCAUCAGAAGAUACACACUGGUGUGAGAGAUCAUAUGUGCUUUGAGUGUGACAAGACUUUUAUUACAACUGAUCAUUUGAAACUGCACCAGAGGAUCCACACUGGAGAGAAACCUUACACGUGUUCACACUGUGACAAGAGAUUCAGUCAGUCAGCACAUCUGAAAACACACGAGAGGAUUCACACUAGAGAGAAACCGUAUCACUGCACUUGUUGAGGAAAAUAUGCAAU